GCGCCCAUGUGAUUGGAAGGGGCCGCGCCCCGCUCUCGCCACCGCCGCGCUGGAGCGAGCGAAGCGACCGCGAUUGCAGGCGGCCAGCACCCUCCAGCGGCCGAGGCGCCGCCAGCCGCAGCGUCGAGUUGGACUUCGAACACGCAGCUAUAAAUCGCCCGAGUCGAGUGAGAACAACGCGGGUAGCGGUUCCAGCAUGAUUUUUAAGUAUUGUCCAGAUUGUGGCCAGAAUUUAGAAGCUACUUUCAAGUUUUGUCCAUCAUGUGGUUUCAAGAUACCCAAAGGAGAAAAUGAGGAGGAAGUGCAGCCUGUUACCUUUCAUUCCACCUCAUCUUCAGCACAAACUGAGCCGAGUCCAAAAGCACCAAAUUUAAAGUGCUCCCCUGUGAAAUUAAUCUCUCCCAAAAAAGAAAUAGCUUCUCCUAAGAGAAAAAGAGAGAGUGACCUGAGCACUCAGAAAUCCCCUGUCAAGUCACCACUUGCUGCAAAAAGUCCAAAAGGAAAGCGGCAAAAGAAUAAUCCUUUGGAACUGAAUAUAGAAAAUGAAAUUCUGACUGAUCAGAACAAUAAAAAAUGGAAACUUAUCAGGCUUCUUUCUCAGCAUGAAACUGAAUCUGGGUUGUUCUAUACAGCACAACAAGUGACUGGAUCCACACAGUGCAAUUACAUGGUUAAAGUGGAUGCAAAGGAUGGUCGAAUUUUUAAUGAACAAAUUUUUCUUCAGCGUGCUGCAAAGCCAGUUAAAGUUGACAAAUGGGUGAAGUCUCAUGUGAUGACAUUUCUGGGAAUUCCAACUUGUAUUAGCUUUGGAUUUCAUGAAAAUGCUUACAGGAAAACUUUAAAGUGCAGUGAGCGAGAGCCAUGCAGGAGGGAAAAUAAAAUACUGGUCAUGUAUGGUGUGCUAAAACAGAAAUUCCUUGUAUUUCCAGACAUGGGUUACAGUUUGCAAUCAAUUGUUGAGAAAAACAAGAAACCUUUAUCUGAAAAAGCAGUAUUUCAACUAGCUUAUAAAAUUAUUGAUGUGCUUGAAUACAUUCAUGCAAAUGAAUAUGUGCAUGCAGACAUAAAAGCAGAAAAUAUUUACGUGAACCCGAAUGAUCUAGAACAGGUGUACCUGGCAGGUUACUCCUUUGCAUUCAGGUACUGCCCUGAUGGUAAGCAUGUCGAAUAUAAAGAAGGGAGCAGAACACCACAUGAGGGCACUGUGGAGCUGAUCAGUGUGGAUGCACACAAAGGAGCUGGACCUUCCAGACGCAGUGAUCUUGAAAACCUGGGUUAUUGUAUAUUGAAGGCACUGUGUGGCUCGCUGCCUUGGUCUGAUGAUGUUGACUCCCCAUAUUCUGUUAUGGAAACAAAACUGAAAUACAAGGAUGACCUUCCAGGUUUCCUGAAGUCUUGCUUCAAGAAAAGAAAAAUUCCAAAUGAAUUGAAGAAAUACCUCCAGCAUGUGGUGUCACUGAAAUAUGAGGAAAAACCAGAUUAUGAAGAAAUACGUAAACAACUGAAAGAUGGUCUUCGAAGGCUGAAAGCCUCACCAGAUGAUCCCUUGGAUCUUACAAUAACCACUAUUUGAAAAUUUCACUAGUCAACUGUGAAGCCAACUUAUUAUGUUGAGAUAAUUGUCAAAACAUAUGCCUUACAAGAUGCAUGGCGCCAGUUAGUUUUUAAAUCAUGCUUUUUAUAGCUUUUUGGCCAGAGUUAUUCCACAAGUUUUUCAUGAACUUGGGUCAAUGUGUGCCUCUGUGAUUUUUCAAAUUUCUAUAUUUACAUUUAGUGUUUUUAAAUAAAAUUGAAAGAUACUUUUGUGAAGGGAUUUUUGUAGCUGCAUUUUUAAUGUUGUUUCUCACCUGUAAUGUGUUAUUCUCCAGCUGGAUCAUUGCACCAAUGUCAUCAUUGGCUAUUGUCUGUAAUCUACUUGUCCAAAAAUAAACUCUUUGAAAAGUAAUCAAUAAAAUAAACUUGCUUCUGCAGCAGAUUUUCUAUAUGCACUCAGUUAAAUUAAAGCUACUGUAUUUUUGGUGGAAUGUGCUUUAAGAUGGGCACUGGCCCAUCUGUCAGAUGGAUAACAAAAUGAGAUAUUUUUUAAAUUGUUCUCAUGUUUUUUUUUAAAUGCAAAAGUCAGCAGACAUUAACAAUCUGAAAUAUAAGCAGAAUAUGUUGCAAGUAUGGAAUAGAUUAAGCAUGUUCUGGAAGGAGAGGUGACUUUAGAGACCUAGAAUUUAGUGCAUCAGUGAACUACCCAGGUCUGCCCAGGAAAGUUGCAGUUAUAAUUUGUCAAACUCCUUUGCAAAAACUAUCUGAUCCUCAUUGCUUCAGGGUUUUCCAUUGUGUAGUAUGGACAGAAUAAGCCUGUCCACGAAAAUGUUGAGAGAACUUCAAAUGUUGUUGAAUAUCUGUCACUCUGAAAGCAAACUACAAAAGAUAAAAACUUGAAAGUCAACAAACAAAAAAACUGAUGAGAAAAUAUGCAUAUGCUGGAAAUCUGAGCAACACACACAAAAACACUGGAGGAACUCAGCAGGCCAGACAGCAUCAAGGGAAAUGAGUAUAGUCGACGUUUCGGGCCAGGACCCUUCCUGCUUAAAACAGGAAAAAAAAGUUUCAGGAUAUUCAGUUAGAACAGCGAGAAGAGCUUAAAUGACGGUUAUUUCUUCAGUGGUUUGAUCAAGGCACGACUGCACAAGCAGUCAUUUAGACAUCAGCCAGUUAGAACAGCGAGAAGAGUUUAAAAGGAGACAGCUUUAUUGAGUGGGCAACUGAGUAGAGGGAAACAGAGAAGGAGGGCUUUGGUGAUAAUGGGUCAAGGCGAGGGAGGUUGCCUGUGUAGAAUACAGACAGGAAGUAUGUGUGUGAGGCCUGUGUUCUGUGUCGGAUGUGUGAAAUCCCGGAGACUCCCAGCCUCCCAGUCACAUCUGCACCAGGUGCGUCAAGCUGCAGCUCCUUAAGGACCACAUUAGGGAACUGGAGAUGCAGCUCAAUGACCUUCGUCUGGUCAGGGAGAGUGAGGAGGUGAUAGAAGCUAUAGGCAGGUAAUCACACUGGGGCCUUGGGAGAUAGGUAAGUGGGUAACAGUCAGGAGAGGGAAGGGCAAAAAGCAGAUGCUAGAGAGUACCCCUGUGGAUGUCCCCAUAACAAUAAGUACUCCUGUUUGGGGGGGACGGCCUACCUGGGGGAAGCAACUGUGACCGCGUCUCUGGAACAGAGUCUGGCCCUGUGGCUCAGAAGGGUAGGGAAAGGAAGAGGAUGGCAGUAGUGAUGGGGACUCUAUAGUUAGGGGGUCAGACAGGCGAUUCUGUGGAUGCAGGUGUUACGAACCCCGUAACUAGGUAUCUUACCAGCAAAGAUAGGAGUAUCCGUUGGAGUCUGGUGAUACUAUUUUUAACAGUAUUUAUUUGUAAAAAUACACAAAAAUAAUAUCAAUGCAAAUAUACAGAUAAUAUACGUCAUCAAUACUAAACCUAAAAGUGCGGGUAUAAUAAUAAUAAGAAAUAAGCUCUAUCGUUGUCUAGGGGAUAAUGAAUUGUCCAAUGGAAAUAUAAAGUUCAGUUCAGUUCAGUUCAUGCAGGCUGCGGUAGUUGUUGGUCGCUGUGUUGCAGUUGUUGGAGAGAGAGAGAGCGAGAGAGUAACAGCUAUUGACUUGCUGACUUUCCUUUACGAUCUUAAUCAGUCAAUGCGUUGUUGUUAUGGCCAUUCACGAAUGACCCCUCCGUCCUUUAGCUAGACCGUUCUUCCGUGGCGGACUUGUCACCCAGGCAAGGGUGGACACACACACACAAGCCCCACCGGUCUCGUAGCAUCUCUCCUGGUGCGUCUGAGGGAUGUUUCCCAGACCUUACUUUUAUCCCCACUCACGGGGUCUCAGGUGUCAAUCAGGUUGAGAUGAUGCAACCCAAACCAGUCCACACUGGUUGCCCCCUGAGGGGUUUCAAUGAAUAGAACAGUACCUCGUACACAAACCUUCUCCAAAAGACAAUAGCAGUAAUCUCUCUUUUUGUCAAUAGGAGACAUUCCAACCUGCGGGCCUCUCUCUCGUUAAUUUUUCAUGAGCUUUGUCAAUAACAACUGCCUUUACUGUUAUCCUGUGUCUCUCUCAUCUCCCUUGAUAACAGCAUCGGAAUAGUAGCGAUUUGCGAUUCUGUACCCUUCUGCCCAUCAGAGUUGCUCAUCAUUCGUAACACAGGAAAGAAACAUGGAUGGUAGUUUUCCUCCAAGUUGCCAGGGUCUGGGAUCUUUCUGAUCAUGUCCACGAUAUCCUGAAGUGGAAAAGAGAACAGCUAGAAGUCGUGGUACAUAUUGGUAUCAAUGACACAAGUAGGAAAAGGGAGGAGAUCCUGAAAACAGACUACAGGGAGUUAGGAAGGAAGUGAGAAGCAGGACCUCAAAGGUAGUAAUUUCGGGAUUACUGCCUGUGCCACGUGACAGUGAAUAUAUGAAUAGAGUGAAGUGGAGGAUAAAUGUGUGGCUAGAGGGAUUGGAGCAGGAGGCAGGGAUUCAGAUUUCUCGAUUAGUGGGACCUCUUUUGGGGCAGCAGUGACCUGUACAAGAAGGACAGGUUGCACUUGAAUCCCAGAGGACCAACAUCCUGGCAGGGAGGUUUGCUGAAGCUAUAUAAACUAGAAACUAUUAUAGCUUAAACUAGAAUUGCUGGGGGGUGGGAACCGAACUGAAGAGACAGAGGAAGAGGUGGUUGGGUCACAAAUAAAGAAAGCUUGGAGACAGUGCGAGAGCGAAUGUGCUCUGACCGAUGGUUUGAGGUGUGUCUAUUCUAAUACAAGGAGUAUUAUGAACAAAGCGGAUGAGCUUAAAGUGUGGAUCAAUACUUGGAGCUAUGAUGAUGUGGCCAUUACAGAGACUUGGACCGUCCAGGGGCAGGAAUGGUUACUUGGAGUGCUAGGCUUUAGAUGUUUCAGAAAGGACAGGGAGGGAGACAAGAGGUGGGGGUGUGGCACUGUUGAUCAGAGAUAGUGUCACAGCUGCAGAAAAGGAGGAAGCCAUGGAGGAAUUGUCUACAGCAUAUAUGUUAAACUCAAGGCCCGCGGUGGAAUUAUCUUUGGCCCGCGAGAUAAUAACUAAUUACUAUUAAAGCUGGCCCCAGUAAUCGAAGCGCCUAUGGCGUAUGAUAUGGCUAAUGCUGAGUUUAUUCUGGUACCAGGUUUUCAGGGUUUUUAGUGUUUAUUCGGUUUCCCUGGCUUAUUUCCUGAAUAUCAUUAAUGAAUAAAUUUUUUCUCUAUUAGAGCUGUCCCGCCGGUAUAUUGCAUGCACCACUAAUACUACAAAUCCCACAAUGCACUGCCAGUGCAUUGCUCGCGCUUGCCUUACUCUCUCAUCAGCAUCCUUAUGGCGCUAGUCACGUGGUCAACUUUCAGCUAUUCCUCACCCCAAAAAUGGCUGAACGAAAGGUGGACUUUGAAAACAGGGGUUUUCAAGGCAGGUGGGAGGCAGAGUAUAUGUUCGCAGAUAUAAAGGGCAAACCUGUUUGUCUUGUGUGCGGAGACGGUGUGGCUGUAAUUAAAGAAUAUAACGUAAGAUGACACUAUGAAACGAAACACCACGACAAAUACAAGCAUCUGGACAAGAAACAGAAGCCCACGAUGUGCGGUCAAAAGAGUGGAUUGGUGGGCAGGAUUCGGGAGAAGAUGCGGGAGGAAAACGGCGCAGGUGAGCUGACAGCUUAUCACUGCAUCAUACACCAGGAAUCGUUGUGUGGCAAAGCCUUGAAAAUGGAACAUAUAAUGAGCACCAUAACACGAGCAGUUAACUUCAUAAGAGCCAAAGGUUUAAAUCACCGCGAGUUCAAGUCGUUUCUGGAGGAGUUGGGUUCAGAAUAUAAUGAUUUGCCCUAUCACACAGAGGUGCGAUGGUUAAGCCAAGGAAAAGUGCUGAAAAGGUGUUUCAAGUUGCGUGAGGAGAUCUGUCAGGUCAUGGAAAGCAAAGGGAAAGACACAACAGAGCUCCGGGAUAAAAAGUUGCUUUGUGAAAUGGCGUUUCUGUGUGACAUCACGAGCCAUCUCAAUGCUCUCAACCUGCAGCUUCAGGGGCGGGGUCGUGUGAUCCAGUGAUGCUGCAGUGAGGGCUUUUAAAACCAAGCUGCGCCUGUGGGAGACGCAGAUGCAGCAAGAAAACUUGAGCCGUUUUCCGUGUUGCCAAACUGAAAGAGCAGGUUUCUACCGCAGUGUUCCCAUGUGCAAAGUUUGCUGAAAAACUUAGCAUACUUGGUGCCGACUUCACACAGCGAUUUGCCAACUUUGAAGCCCAAAAAAGCAGGUUUGAACUGCUCAGUAAACCAUUUGCAGCUGACGUGGAAAGCACACCAACCAACAUACAAAUGGAGCUGAUUGAACUCCAAUGUAGUGACACACUCAAGGCAAAGUAUGACUCGGCGGGCGCUGCACAGUUUCUAUGUUUCAUUCCCGACACAAUGUCCCAGCUGCGUACCCAAGCUGCUCAAAUGCUCUCUAUGGCAGCACAUAUCUGUGUGAACAACUGUUCUCUUUGAUGAAGAUAAACAAAACAUCACACAGGAGUCGUCUUUCUGAUGAACACCUUCACUCAAUUCUGAGGAUUUCCUCAGCUCAGAGCCUGACUCCAAACAUUGAUGAACUUGCAUCCAAGAUGAGAUGCCAAGUAUCUGGCUUAGACUAGUGUGAAUCACAGAGUGUUGGCCUGUGGAAAAAUGUUUUCAUUAGAAAUCACUCCGGAAAAGCUGCAGAUAAAGCCAUAAGAAAUAAAUGCAACUGAUUUUUUAUUUAUUUAAUGUUCAAUGUUGUUUUUGUAGGCAAUAACCUAAGCUUUGUUAGUUCCAGGUUAAUAUGUGUAAUAAAUUCAUUUCAAUAAGUUUUGCAAUAACCGCUGAACCAGUCCGGCCCUCGACUUGUACCGAUUUUUUAAUUUUGGCCCACUGUGUAUUUGAGUUUGACACCCCUGCGUUAGGUCUACAUUUGUGUUUGCUAAUGCUUGAUUUCAAACGGUUUAUUAAUGGAAAAGGUAUGGCUCCCAAAACAAUCUUAGCCGAAAUAGCAUCGUUUCUUUCUCGUUGCCUACUUUCUCGUAAUCUACAUCUGUAAGUUAAUACCAAUCAUAAAAAGAAUGCUUGCUAGGCAAUCUGCUUCAUAAAAAAUGAAAUUCGUAAAGUGAAACAAUUUUAGAUAUAGCAGAGACUGAGACACAUGAGAGCAGGUUGAAAAAAUGAAGGCAACGAAAGCUGUGGGAGCACGCGCACAACUGAUCCGGCCCGCAUGAAGUUGCAUUUUUCUCAAUCCGGCCCGUAACCUAAAAUGAGUUUGACACCCCUGGUCUACAGAGUCUCUGUGUGUGGAAGUUAGCAACAGGAAGGGAUCAGUAACUCUACGAGGUAUUCUUUUAAAGACCUGCCAAUAGUGUUAUGAAUGUACCACAGCUCUGAGGGGCCGAAGGGUGCGGAGUAGCCCCCUCCUUUGUGAGAAUCGCAAGAUCACUAUUGAGUCUGUUCAGGAGACUCAGGAAAUGAGAGAAAGACAUGCAGAAUUCACAAAGAUUGGAAUGUGACCUGGCCUCCAAGAAGGCAGACCCAUUGAUACCAGCUAUUGUCUCUUGGAGACGGACUUGUGUAUUGCAUCCUGUAUGAUGCAUUGAAGCCCCAGGCAAUGAACUGAGGGGAAGGUUGGUGGAGAGAUUGUAUCAUCUCAACCUGAUUGACAUCUGAGACCCUGUGAGUCAGGAUAAAAGAGGGUCUGUGGGAACAGCCCCUCAGACGCACCAGAAGAAACACUAGCGAUCCCGUAAUAGCGGAAGCGGGUGGGGGAGGCCACGUGCGUUCGGUUCCAUUUGCCCCGGAACUGGUGUCCUUUACCACGGAAGAAUGGCAUUUAGCUAACAACGGGGAAACCAACUCCCAACGACUCUUGAAGGAUUGACAUCAUAAAAGGACUGGGCAAGUUUUAACCCGUAGUUCGCUCAAACCAGAAAGCUGCAGCUUGAACGAACUAACAGUGACUUUUAUAUUUCCAUCGGACAAUCAUUAUCCCCUAGACAACGAUAGAGCUAUUUCUUAUUGAUUAUUAUUAUACCCGCGCUUUUAGAUUUAGUAUUGAUGACGUAUAUUAUCUGUAUGUUUGUAUUGAUAUUAUUUUGUGUAUUUUUAUCAAUAAAUACUGUUAAAAAUAGUACUAUCAGACUUCAACGGACCUCUCUAUCUUUGCUGGUAAGUGACCCAGUUACGGGGUACGUAACAACUUGGGGGCUCGUCCAGGAUUUGAUACCAAAUUGGAGGGCCAGUGAAUCGGGCUUGUAAGUCCAAACUUGGAUCUGGUUACGCGGGUAGCCAAACGAGAAACCAGCAAAGAUGGACGUGGGUGAAUUUAUAGAAAACCCGACUCUGGAGGCGCUAGAGGCGGCCACCAAAUCAGACUUGAUAAAUUUGGCGAAGGGGUUAAACCUCGCAGAGGUGAGGUUGUCAAUGAAAAAGCAGGAGGUGCGAAGGGCAAUAACUCAGUAUUAUGUUGGAAAGAAUGGGUUUGCAGCUGAGGUAUUGGAAAAUAUCCCUGAAAAGGUACCAGCUAGUGGGACGGCUCAGAUAGAGUUGGAGAAAUUAAGGUUGGAACAUACAAUUAAGGUAAAGCAGCUGAGAAGGAGAAUGAAAGAGCCAAGAGAGAGAGGGAGCAUGCGCUCCAGCUAAAGGAGUUAGAGGUGAAACGGGAGCAGGAAGGAGCUGAGAAACAGAGAGCAUGAAAUUCAGUUAAAGCAGCUGAGAAAGAGAAGGAGAGAGAGUAUGUGGAGGCAGAGAAACAAAGGAAACAUGACUUGGAGAUGGAGAAGUUAAGGCAAGGGCGAAGAGAUCAAGGGUCAGACCGAGAGGAGCGGUUUAAUGUUAGUCGGGAGUUGAGGUUAGUACCUCCAUUCGAGGAGACAGAUGUUGAUAGUUAUUUCUUGCUUUUUGAAAAGGUGGCAGUGAAUCAGAAGUGGCCCAGGGAUCAGUGGGUGGCGCUGUUACAAAGUGCACAGCGGGCAUAUACAGCGUUGUCCAUGGAGGAGGAAGAGGAGGAGAGUUAUGACAAAGUAAAGGCGGACUUCUCCGGAGUUGUGAGUUAGUACCUGAGGCGUAUAGACAAAAGUUCAGAACUUUAAAGAAAGGGUGGAAUCAGACGUAUAGCAAGUUUGCCUAUGAGAAGGGUGUGCUCUUGGACCGUUGGUGCACAGCAGAGAUAGUGGAAGAGGAUUAUUGGUGUGUCAGGGAGUUAAUUCUGACUGAGGAAUUUAAAGGUUGUAUUUUGGAGGAUAUCCGGAUGUAUUUGAAUGAGAAGCCGAAUAAGUCCAUCUCUGAAUUUGCUAGGUUCGCAGAUGAAUAUGCCCUAACCCACAAGACAAAGUUCUCCUCGAAUAAAAGUUCCAGAGAGACCGUGGGAACGAUCGAGAAAGCCCGCCGGCUGAGGCAGAGGUCCCGCCGGGAACUAGUGGUAAGGGUGAGGGGGAAAGGCCAGACGGCCAGAGAUUUCCUGGCUUGACCUGUUUUAAUUGUGGAAAGUGGGGGCAUAUUGUAUCUAGGUGCUUUGCUCCAAGGAAAGAGACAGGAAAAGGGAAAGCAGCAGUCCCUAUCGUAUGUGCCAUGGUAAUCAGUAAAUCAACAAGAGAGCCCCGGGUAGACAGAGUACGAGAAGGGUCUGAGACUUGUAUGUCAAACGGAACCAUGUCUGUGAGGGAGGGAGACACACCAGUUCCAGUACGGAUCUGGAGAGACACGGGGGCUGAGCUAUCGUUGAUCAGCAGUAAGGUACUAGAUUUUGGUCGCAAGACGGGGAUGGUAGCCGUGAAAGGAAUAGGCAAAGGGAUGGAAAUGGUGCCCUUGCAUAGGGUCAUUAUGAAUUGUGAGCUAGUCUCUGGACCAGUUGAAAUAGGGGUGCGAUCAGAAUUCCCGAGAACUGACGCGGACGUCCUUCUUGGUAACGAUUUAGCAGGUGGUAAGGUUUGGUCAGCAAUGACGCUGACAAGCCGGCAGGUGAGUGUUGCGGCCCCACCCCUAGAUUCCAAGAUCUAUCCCGCAUGCGCGAUCACUCGCAGCAUGUCGAGAAAGGCAGCUUAGAAAGGGAGCAGUUUAAAUCCGGCCAGUUUCAAUUUGGCCGAGAUGUUUUUACUGACCCUGUACCACGAGGGUUUAGAGGGUGGUAAAAUGAAGAGUAGUAAAGUGAAAGAGAGUAAGGGAGAGGAGGCAGACUUGCCCUUAGCGAGGAGAAAAGUUCUAGAGGCCGAAAAUAAAGCUGAGCAGAUAGAGCUGUUAAAAGGUCCAGAGUUGGACAUGGAUGAUCUGUCUGGUUUGGCAGAACUGUUUGAAGAAGUUGAAACUUGUAAAGGUGUUCCCAAUAAUGAAAUGAGGGCAACCUUAGCUGAAAAGGGUGCCCUUACCUUGAAGAAGUCUGCUGGUUUGGCAGAUGAGGUUGUUUCAGCCCACAGGGUUGAGUUUACUCCAGAAGGGAGUUGCCCAGAGAGUAGCUGGGAGGAUCAGGUGAAUUUAGAGCUUGGACCGGGUACAGGUAUUGAAAACCUGGAAGAGGCAAAUGUCCCGUUGGAGUGUAUCCAAGAUGUGGAUGCAUGUGGUACUGAACCUAGUAAUGGAACUCAGAAAAAGUCUGAGGUAUUUGAUUCAGUUGAAAAGGAAGGCCAUCCUUGUGGGUCAGAUAGACUUGGUUCAGCGAAGGAAGGGUUAACCUUGGUAAUAGUGGGAAGUGAGAGUUCCCAGGUGUUUGUGCUCGAAGGUGUGUUAAAAGUUAAUACGGAGAUAAAAAGUGGGGAGAUGAAUAUUAUUAUUGAAGGAAACAGGAAAUAUGUAGUUCCCAAAUCGAAUGAAGAAAAUUUAAAGCCUGCGGAUCAUCUACAGGUUGGGUUGGAAGAUGACGGGUCCCCCCAUGCUAUUGUUAGUCCAGAGUGUGGUGUGAAAAGGCAGAAUUUGAAAUGCUGCUUGAACAAAGAGUUCGAACUGAAAGCUAAUAGCCUGAAGGGUCCCGAAGAGAAAGCUAGCAACUUGCAUAAAAUUAAAGAAUUGGGUGGAAAUUCAGAAGAUGGUCUAAGUUUGGAACACAGUGUUGAUAAAAUAACUCCUAUGAAAGAAGUGGGCGAAAGCCUAUUUCGCCAGGGUACCCAAGCUCCCCAUGUGGGAACUAACCGGAAAAGAGGCGAGGGUUAAUGGGGACGCCAUUUUUAAAUAGCAAAAGCCGGUUUUACGGGAUUUCGACAAAGCAUGCGAAUAAUAAGGGCAACCCCAUGGUGGCCUGCCUAUUGAGUUUGAGGGCAACAGAAAGAUUAGUAUUUGCAUGAACUUUUGUAGUAUACAUGCAAGCUAAGAUCACAACCCUUUAGUUUUUGUUUGCUGAAGAAAAGAAAUAAAAAUAGGUGGUUAUUAAAUUGAAGUCUGAUGCUACAAGACUUUAGUAAGGUACAAGAUGUUAAAGGAAGUGACUCUAAUCGUUAACUGUUUAGAUGCUGAAUUGAAUGUAUAACUGUAUUACUCUGUAGUGAAAAGGAAAAGCUUUUGUGUUGUGUUAGAUUCUGAAAUCCUGUAAGAUUCUGUACUGCUUCGUUUUCACCGCUGGUGAAAACGCUUUGAAGAAAGGGGAUGUUAUGAAUGUACCACAGCUCUGAGGGGCCGAAGGGUGCGGGGUAGCCCCCUCCUUUGUGAGAAUCGCAAGAUCACUAUUGAGUCCGUUCAGGAGACCCAGGAAAUGAGAAUGUGACCUGGCCUCUGAGAAGGCGGACCCAUUGAUACCGGCUAUUGUCUCUUGGAGACGGACUUGUGUAUUGCAUCCUGUACGAUGCAUUGAAGCCCCAGGCAAUGAACUGAGGGGGAGGUUGGUGGAGAGAUUGCAUCAUCUCAACCUGAUUGACAUCUGAGACCCUGUGAGUCAGGAUAAAAGAGGGUCUGUGGGAACAGCCCCUCAGACGCACCAGAAGAAAUGCUAGCGAUCCCGUAAUAGCGGAAGCUGAUGGGGGAGGCCACAUGCGUUCGGUUCCAUUUGCCCCGGAACCGGUAUCCUUUACCAUGGAAGAACGGCUUUUAGCUAACAACGGGGAAACCAACUCCCAACGACUCUCGAAGGGUUGACAUCAUAAAAGGACUGGGCAAGUUUUAACCCGUCUUUCUCUCAAACCAGAAAGCUGCAGCUUGAACGAACUAACAGUGACUUUUAUAUUUCCAUCGGACAAUCAUUAUCCCCUAGACAACGAUAGAGCUAUUUCUUAUUGAUUAUUAUUAUACCUGUGCUUUUAGAUUUAGUAUUGACAACGUGUAUUAUCUGUAUGUUUGCAUUGAUAUUAUUUUGUGUAUUUUUAUCAAUAAAUACUGUUAAAAAUAGUA